AUGGGGCAAGAAAUCUCCACUCCAAACGACACAAAAAAUGAAGAUAUCAAGGGAGUCAACAAAAAGAACUUAAAAGGAAAUAAUGGGAAAGGAGACCCAAAAGAAAACAAUUUGCAAAUGUCCAAAAAAAUUGUACAAAACAGUUUUAACAAUAGCAAAUUAAGACCUGGCAUGUUUAUACAAAAUAGUAACGUAGUGUUUAAUGAACAGUAUAAAGGAAUCAAAAUUUUAGGGAAAGGAUCAUUUGGAGAAGUUAUACUAAGUAGGGAUAAACAUACAGGACAUGAAUAUGCAAUUAAAGUAAUAAGUAAGAAACAUGUAAAAAGAAAGACAGAUAAGCAAAGCCUCCUGAGAGAAGUAGAAUUGCUAAAGAUGUUAGACCACAUAAACAUUAUGAAAUUAUAUGAAUUUUUUGAAGAUAAUAAUUAUUACUACUUAGUAUCUGAUGUAUAUUCUGGGGGAGAAUUAUUCGAUGAAAUUAUUAGCAGGAAGAGAUUCUAUGAAGUAGAUGCAGCAAGAAUAAUUAAACAGAUCCUGAGUGGUAUAACAUAUAUGCAUAAAAAUAAUGUCGUCCAUAGAGAUUUGAAACCGGAAAAUAUUCUUCUAGAAACCAAAAAUAAAGAGGAUAUGAUUAUAAAAAUUAUCGAUUUUGGCUUGUCCACUCACUUUGAAUAUAGCAAAAAGAUGAAGGACAAAAUAGGCACAGCUUAUUAUAUUGCCCCAGACGUUUUACACGGUACCUAUGAUGAGAAGUGCGACAUUUGGUCUUGUGGAGUUAUUCUUUACAUUUUGCUUUCAGGGUGCCCCCCUUUUAACGGAUCGAACGAAUACGACAUUUUGAAAAAAGUAGAAACGGGAAAGUACACCUUUGACCUUCCCCAAUUCAAAAAAAUAAGUGACAAAGCAAAGGACCUUAUCAGGAAGAUGCUCAUGUACACUAGUGCAGUGAGGAUAUCAGCACGUGAUGCAUUGGAACAUGAAUGGAUUAAACUUAUGACCAGCAAGGAUAAUGUAAAUAUUGAUAUUCCUUCCCUAGAACUAAGUAUUACAAACAUAAGACAAUUUCAAAGCACUCAGAAGUUAGCACAAGCGGCCCUACUAUAUAUGGGAUCAAAACUAACAACCAUAGAUGAAACAAAAGAAUUGACAAAAAUAUUUAAACGAAUGGAUAAAAAUGGAGAUGGACAAUUAGAUAGAAAUGAAUUAAUAAUUGGAUAUAAAGAGUUACUAAAAUUAAAAGGAGAAGACACGAGUGAUUUGGAUAAUGCAGCUAUAGAAUAUGAAGUAGAUCAAAUUCUAAGUUCCAUAGAUUUAGAUCAAAAUGGUUACAUUGAAUACUCUGAAUUUUUAACUGUUGCUAUUGAUAGAAAGUUACUUCUCUCCACUGAGAGAUUGGAGAAAGCAUUUAAGCUCUUUGACAAAGAUGGUUCAGGAAAAAUAUCAGCCAAUGAAUUAGCGCAGUUAUUUGGUUUAAGUGAUGUUGGUUCUGAUUGUUGGAAGACGGUGCUUAAGGAAGUUGAUCAGAAUAACGAUGGUGAGAUCGAUUUUAAGGAGUUCCGUGAUAUGCUCGUCAAGAUGUGCAAUUAUUAG